AUGUCGAGCUCGCAUAGGCUGCGUGACUACAAAGAGCCGCCGCGAGUACAUCUCGACCAGACCGACGUCGAUCCGAUGGGCACCGGUCUCAAACAGGUGUGCAACCCCGCGCGACAACUGCUUGAACAUCUCCAUGAGGGAGCAAAGCGCCGACAAGAGCAGGAGCUGGCGGACCACUACGGCGGACGACGAUCGCUCUUGACGGACUGGCGAAAGGCAAUGAGGGACAGGUGGACGCGUUACGUGCCGCGCAGCGUGCACGCCGCGGAUGUCCUCGUGGAGAAUCUGCAGGUGGUGGCCAACAGGAUCUGGGACACCCCCGUCGAGGAUGCGCUCGAACUGCCGACUCAGCGGGAACUCUGCGAGGUCUUCCUGGCUCCUCAUACCGAUUACUUGAGCCCGGCUUGUAAGCUCGCGCACUUCGGACCGGCACCGCGACUUCUCGAGGAAGACUGGAAGCGGACGGACCGCGUCCAGCAUUUCUACGCCCACUUUCGCGUUAGCGCAACCCUCUGCUUCGACUUUGCGGCGCGUGUCGCACAGGACGCUCGCGCUCUUGGCAUGCUUUCCGCCUGUCUCGCUCGGAUGGGAGAGUUCGCCAAAUGGAGGGACUCGGCAAUUCGCUGGAGCAGGACGCCGAAUGCUGCCCUGGCUCAGGACACCGUCAUGCACAACCUACAGCGUCUGUCGAACAAGCUCUGGAGUACGCCUUUCGACGAGGAGAUCGACUUCCCUACUCAGGGCGAAAUUGUCAAGGAGAAUCCGCUUGUCGUCAGAAGCGGCCGCGACCCGAGCUUUACGCCGCCGUACAACCUCGUACCCCUUUCCCGCAACAGCUCCCGCAACCCCUUCCGUCCCGAAUCUCGCCACGAAGCCCACACACCCCUUGCUGAGCCGUCAGAACCGCGUCAUGCUCGCACGCACUCGCGCUCGCGUGAGCCGCACCCUGACUACGCCAGCGACGCGAGCGACGCGAGCGACAACCCGCUCCAUGUCGGUCCGGAGAACUGCGAACCGGACGAGCUCUUCAAUUUCAUCAACACCUCCACCAUACCUCAGCAUUUCUAUCACCAUUACCCCGGAACAACGCAGCCGCCGGUCGUCCUCCGUUCGCAGCGCAACCUCGGGAACGGCGGAGAUCGGAGGAGGUGA